UGCCCCGCCCACAACACUUGCGCUAGGUCAGUUGUUCUGUCACGGCACCCGUCCCAGAAAUGCCUGGCGAGGCAUCAACAACAACUGUUCACAAAACUGCGUUAUAUUUUGAAAAUACGCCGUCAGAAAGACUAUAUCUAAUCCAUCUUAACAAGUCGGCUAGUUGUUAUGGCUGUUGCGGAACUAGUGGCAAAAUGCUUGCAGGCACGAGAAAUGGCUUACUGUCCGUACAGUGGGUUUGCAGUCGGUGCUGCAAUUUUGACGACAGGGGGCGCCAUUAUCACUGGCUGCAAUGUUGAGAAUGCCUCCUAUGGCCUUACUGUGUGUGCGGAGAGAACUGCGAUACAGAGAGCGGUCGCAGAAGGAUACCGAAGAUUUACAGCCAUAGCUGUCACAUGUGAUAUCAGAGAUAGUUUUGUGGGACCAUGUGGUGCUUGUCGACAGGUAUUAAUGGAGUUUGGCACAGAAUGGGACGUUUACCUCACUAAGCCAGAUGGAACCUAUAGGAAGACCAGUCUCAGAGACCUCUUGCCUUUAGCAUUCACCCCGGCUCACCUGCAAAAGAACUGAAUGCACUACCCUAAAAUUUUCUUUCUUUUUUUUAAUCUAAAUUUAGGAUUAAUACCACCAAGAGCUGUGCUGUACGUGAGGCCAUUUCAGUCACAACAUCAUCUCUAUAAACCCUGCAGUCUACAAAAGUCCUUAUUCAAAUGUAGUACAUAAGAAGGGUCAGAAAUGUUCGAACAGCUUUAAUUGAAUGUCAACUUU